UUGGUUAUGUUGACGCACGCAAGUCGAAAAGUGGUGAAAUGAAAACAGCUACCUAGUGAAUAGUGCUCUUUAUCUUAGACUUCGUCAAAAUCAUUUAUAAACUACUUUGUUAAAGAUGGCUGGGCUAGGAGCCAAAGACAUUCUUCGUAAUGUGACUGCACUAGAACAAUUAAUAGAGGAAAUUAAUUUUCAGAGAGCAAAAGAAAUGCGUCAAUGCUUGAUGUCGAAAGAAGCUGACACUGGCUUUGUUGUAGUUCAUGGCACCACGUAUUGGACGGAUCUCUUCGUGCGGCACUUCCUCUUCCAGACCGACAGAUCAACAGAUGCUGAUGACCUUUUGUUUUUUAUUAGGAAAAAACAUGUUAGAGGGCCUAGACAUGUUCCUAAAUACCAGACUGAAGUUGAAGUGUACAGGAAGGACAGCAGAAAGUUGCCCAUUGGAGACCCAGACAUAGAUUGGGAAGAAACUGUCUACCUCAACCUUAUUAUUCACCAGUUUGACUACACACUCACAUUGGCUGUGUGCACACGGACCAGUCCCAAAGAUCUCCAGGUCCUCAAGCGUCAUUCUCAGAAAGUGUAUGCCAGCCCAAGCAGGAGACGCAUGGACACCAAGGGAGAAGUAGAAGAAAUUACGUAUCCAAAUGUCUGCUUCCAUGUGGAUAAUUUUGAUGAGGUUUUCUGUGAUAUGCAAGUGCGGGAUGGUGAGAUGGUCUGCGUGGAACUUGUGGCCGCUGAUCAUUCAGGCACCCGGCAAGCAGUUAUCUUUCUGGGGUCCAUACGAUAUGAUGCCCUCAAAAGGGUCUAUGAUGCACGAGCAAGUCUGAGCAGCAAGGUGGCGCAGCGCAUGAUGCUCGGUCUUUUCUCUGGCAACAACAGCCAGCGCAUCGAGUUUGUCAGGAUGAAGGGCCCAGCGGGCAAAGGACAUGCUGAGAUGGCCGUUACUAAACCUAAAGGCUCUGGGGUGGAGACGCCGACGUCAGAGCCUGGCGUGUCUCUCACUGAUCUCUGGGACCAAGACUGGGACGAUGAACCUGAGGACCGACUACUGUACCGUCACCAGCGUCGACUGAGCGAUCCGAGUGCCAACUUCAACACGUUCAUCAACUCGGGCUGGAGGGCGAGAGGAGGAGGGGCGGUGGGUGGACCUGACAGUGGAGGGCGCUCCCGGUCCGAGAACGAGGGACUCGACAGUUUUGCGGAUGGCCUCUACGAGAUAGAGUCUGGCGACGUGAGGGACGCAUCAACGGGCUGUUGUCAGUGCUGCAUAUCGAGCGGCGCUGAGCAGAAGGGCAGCAUGGCUGUCGCCGAUGAAACUGAACAAUUUCACAAAGUACUGGAAGAGUUGCGGUGUUCAAAUUGCGGACAUUUCCAUAGCCCUGAUCCAAUUACGCUGCCAAGUCGCGGAUCUACUGGGCUCGAAGACGGCAGCCAAUCCCUGAGUUUGGAAGAUGACAAGGAUGAAAAUGCAGAAGACGACGAUGAUAUUCUGAUCCAUGUGGAUGCUGAUCCCGUUGGUCUUUCUAACUCCGAGUUCUGCGUGGUGACUUCUGAGAUCACAGCAACUGAUGCACUUUCUCUGACUGACGCCAUUUUGCCAACAAAUACAGCGUCGUCAUGCACGAACGUUUCUCGAGCUAAUGAGGGUGCGAGCUCUAGUUUUACUAGCGUUAAAAUUUCUGAUGGAGUUGACUCUUCAGAAGAGGCUGCAGGUCCAGAGGUGGGAGAUUUCCAGACUCAAAAUCUCGCAUCUAUCGAGAAAAUUUCAGAAAGUGCAACUUGUAAAUCCAGUUCAAAUGAAAUGCUUGAGUGCGUAGAAAUUAUGCCCGAGAAAACUUUGCUCUCAACUCUUCAUCCAACUAAGUAUGAUCCACUUCAGUGUCCCGAGGUAAUAUUUGUUGAUCCUAAAGGGAAUGAAAAAGAAUGCCAUAGAGUAACUGAACUGAAGAUAGGUCAUUCUAAACCAGCAGUCUCAGGCGACAGCUUUAAAGGGAUCAAUCCUGAUGAACCUGGCAACUUAGACGCAAUUCCUCGGCUGCACAGUAUCAGCUCGGCUAAGAAAACCCCUGGUACUGCUGUGAGGAUAGGUGCCGAUACUUCAUUGUCAAAAGUAGAUUCUAGUCGUAUGAAAAGGAAGCCACCCAUUGUAAAGGCCUUGAAAUGCUUCAAAGGAACCAAAGUAACGUACAGAGAUCUGCCGGUUGGAGAGAAUGAAGAAGCCGACUGCGUGGCAAAUGAUUCGGACAAUGAUUGUGGAACAGGUGCCGAAGAAGAACAGCCUGUUGUAGCUGACCCGCUUUUGAGAAGGAUCAAAAAAACUAGAAAGACGAAGAUAUCAAUGCCGUACAAAAUUUGUCCUGAUGGCACUCAUGUGAACUUCCUGAGCGACAUCAAGCUGGACGACGGAGCGUACAACCCGCUGUGGAGCACGCGAGGCUUCACGCAGACCUUCCACUUCUGGAAGGAGAACCGUCGUGCGCAGUCCGUGCCCUUCAACGCCUACCUCACCUACGUCACCUUGCCGUGGUUCCACAUCAUCACUGGUGAGCCUACAUCACCUACGUCACCUUGCCGUGGUUCCACAUCAUCACUGAUAUUCUGGACCACGAGACGGGUCCCAUAUUGACGUUCUAACGAAGCUGGUUCUUUUUACGACCUCCUCACCAUCGCGCUUGUCGAGCCAACUCCUCGCUACUUACGCCGCCCGCGUCUGUCGUCGCAGCGUUUUUUUUUUUUUUUUUGUCAGGAUUCCGCUAUCUGAACGCUCGCUCUGCUAUAAAUGUGUGUGUAACUUACUACUUGGUGCUAAGAAAAUUAAACCUGCCUGCCUGCAUGCUCUGGGUAACUUCUUACGCGAUUCUUCAAUUUGAAUUUGCACGCUUAUUUAUGUGAUGUGCGAUUGCCUAGUCACUUGUCAUCAUAAGUGAGGAUUUUGUUAUUGUAUUUCCGUGACGUUAGGAUGAAUUAUUCUUAACUUGCCAAUACUUCCUCUUUGACAUGUUCUUCUAGCAUUUAGUUACUAUUACAUUCUUUAAAGAGAGACUCGUCAAUUUAUUGUUUUAAGGGAAUGUUAUAAUUGUUGCCAUUGUCAUAUAGUUGGCGCAAAGUAUCCUGAACAAGCAAUUUAAACACCCUGAGAACAGGCUCGACAAAAUUAUCACAAGAAGGUGAAGUGAAAUUCUACUUAUUUAUUUGACGAUUCCAUAAUGUAUUCCCAGUGUCAGUAUUUACGUAAGUGUGACACAGUGUCUUAGUUGACACAAUUUGUCACUCCCGGACUCAUAUAGGCAAUUGAUGUUAUGUAAUUCGCUUAACUUACGUUGCCUCUGAGAAAGCUUGUAUGUUAAUCAAGUCUUGCGAUCUGAAUUCUUGUCUCCCUGUGAGAUUAUGCUCAUGUGCUCGCUAACAAUGCAAAGAUAUUUAGCUUUGAUAAUUUAUCAAGAUGUUUCAUAUAAAGAUAAACAGAGUCUGUUUCUUUUUGUGAAUGUGCAACUGUGUGUUCUUGUAAUUGAAUGACUACGAGAUAACUCCAAUAUAAUCGGUAAUAUAAACAAUUAUAAGCAGCCCUAUCAAAUCUCUAUCAUGAGUGGGCAAGUAUCAGCAUAAUCGGUCUGAGGACGAUGCAAGGUAACCAUAGUUCAAUAUGCAUCGUCAUGUUGGACUGGUAGGUUCCUUCACUGGCAGACUUGGAUGUUAUCGAGCAGCUUGCUGAGUUGCUACUAAGUUGACUAAGGUGGCUAGUCAUUAUAGUUGCUAAUAGAUUGUGAUAAAUACAUAUACUCGUUGCCAUUUGUUGCACUCAUCUAUUUACUGUACACUUUUCUAAUGUCUUCUCAGUGCUACGCUUAUCUUCCUGUGUUCACUGUCUUAACUGUAUUAAAUUUUUAACCUAUUGUUGCUUUAAAAUAUAGUUUACUAGUUGUUUAUCCUGGUGUGGAGGAUAGAUAUCCUCUGAAAUUUUAAAUUCCUGUUAUAUUGAAUUCUUAAACCCCUAAAGUCUUAUUCGGAAAUUUAUAUGAAACUUCAACUCUAUUUUAUUCUAAUGAACUUUACACGAACUGAAGUAAGAAUCGCUUUUCGAUUAUUGAAUUCAACUCUCCAUUCCCCUCCUUUGAAAGCUUUAUACUCAGUGCGUAAAAAAAUGUGCAUAAACUUGACCAUUUUUACGUGUGUUAUUCAGUCAUUCGAUUUAUGUUCGUGGUAAUUUUAAAUUCAGAAUUCAUGGCGUGUUGUUUAUCAAAUAAGUAUUCACAUAUACAUAUACGAUUAGUGUGCUGCUUUUAACUCGAUGUGAUCUACUUACUCAAUUGGUCACAACCUUAUAUGUUCGGGUGAUACCUGUUCUCUAUCUCCAUCUCGAUGUUGUUUGUAAAUCUUUAAAAUUAUUCUCUUCUAAGAGCCAUUUAAUCCUGGUAGACACUGAAACGAUAUACGUGUUCUUAAAUGCCAAUCAAGCCUCAGCCCUAAUGAAAAUUUGGAGCCAAUAUCUUGCCAAGCUAUGAAGACUCAUUUUUCACUUUACAGAAAUAACCAAUUUGCAAGUAAUUUAAUUUUCUACCAGCAGUAUCCAUUCGUACGCCUUAUAGGGUAAUGGCAGAUAUGCGCGGUUAAGCAACAACUUAACAGCUGUGACCACAUUAUCGCAAUUCAGUUCCGAGUGCUUUUGACUGUUCAUUAUUCAAAUUACCUAGCUUCUAAUUUGUCAUCAUUUCACGUGAGUCAAUUAUUUCGUUAGGUUUAUUUUCUACAUUCAAAUUGUUAUCUCGUCUUAUUUCUAUUCACGAAAUAUUUACUAAGGAGAGUCGUUUGUCACUUGUUAUUAUGCUCGUGCAACUUUAAGGGCUGUCGAGCUGAGAUAUCACGUCAAUUCUAGUUUGUGUCCAGGCUUUUUUUUUGUAAUUUUCGCUUUUCUGUUAUAAUUUUUUAGGAACUUUUUCUCGCGAAAACGUUGGUAUUGCUGUACGACGGUAUGAACGUUAUCACACAGGUAUUGACAAAGAAGUGGUAUAAAGGUUAGAAAAGUGUAUUUGAAAUAUUGUAAGGGAUAUUGUUAGACUUGAGGUACUGCAAGCCAAGCUCGCCACUGCCUUAGCCUUAAUGAUUCCCAUCCCUCCUUAACUUGCGUGUAAAAUUUCUGCUGGUGUCGCGCUAUCUGGAAUAAUUAUAUUUCACUUGAGUAAUAUUAAAAACUCGAAAACGGUAAAAACAAACCUCUAAAAUAUAUUGCUCCUAUCAAUUUCACGUAUUAAAAUAAUUCGAAAAUUUGUGUUCCAGCCUUGUUAGUUACUCUGGAAUAUGGUCUCGUCAAUCGACAAUAUAGUGUUAGCUGUUUCCAAUCAUGUGGUUUAAUUAAACGCGACUUGCAAUGUUUUGAGGAAGUUUGAUGUGUGUGCAGUUAUUAUUCUGGAACCAUUCUCGCUUAGAAUUUCCAGUGUGUAGUUGGAAAAUUUUGAUAAAUUUAGGAAUGUAUGGAGAUAGAACUCCUCCUAUAAUUAAUUAAGGUAAAGAGGAACAUUCCUUACGCCGCAGACUCGAGCCAAAGAUAAGUAGUGUAGUUUAACGGAUAAGUAGCGAGUGGUAAAGACGGUUUAUAGAUAAGAUUUCUACUGAUGCAACUUCGAUAGAUUCCAUAAAUUCAGUAUUGUUAUACCCAAGCGUCUUAGCCUAUCAUGUUGGCUGAACGGGUCGUGGCAGAUCCGAGUGUAAGCGUAUGACGCUUGCCGACAUUGUUUUUUAAUUUUUGUAGUAUCAGAGAUUGUACUGUUGAUUAAAUAGGCCGAUUAUGUAGCCGACAUUUUUUAAAGGCAAAGCAGAACCUUCACGUCAGAUUUUUGCUCGGAGAUUUGUGGUCUUUCUGAGAUGAUAAUUUCCUUGAAUAUUUGAUGCAGUCUCUGUGGUCUCUUACUAGUCGUCUUGUGUAUGUGAUUCUCAUACUUCAAUAGUUGAAAAAUUCUGUGCUUCAUGUACUCCAAUGUUAGUCAUUAUCCUCGUUAUUGAUAAGCAUAUCUGCAUUGUAUUUUCUGUGGUGCUACGCCUGCGUUUGUCAAUCUGUGAUGCACAUUUAGAUUAGGACAUUCUUCAUUUUUUGUUAAGAACCAUUAUCGGAUAAAAACUGCAUGUGGAACUUUGUCCAAUCUUCUUCACGCGAGAUAAAAUUCUCCGUUAUUUGAUUUUUCCGUCCGCGAUUCUCCUUUAUUGUUUGAGAAUCAAGAUUCGCGGAUUCCAGGCUCGAGCUCUUCACCCGCAUGUUUUUCUGUUAACUAUAUAAACAUUUGCUGAAAUUAUAAAUGCUUUACGUAAGAGCCGUUCAUGUCUACGGCAGCCGAAGCCUUGUGUACCAUCUUUGGUUCAAUGGCAACUCAUUGUAAGAGACAGAGACAUUCCAUUGUUAGGACAUCUAAUCCUUCACCAAUUUAACCUAAACUAAAUGUACUUAUGUUUGCAAAAUGCACUUUAUACAAUGAUGAUAUUUUAUGGCUUAUUUCUUUAAUGAUGAAUUGUCUCGUAUGAUGAGGUUUCUCACCACCACUAUCUCUGUAUGUCAAUAUUAGCCGAAAUCAUAUCUCAAACUUGGUGUUCUAGUCGAAGUUGUUCAAUGAGAACGUCACUAAGAUCCUUCGUAAUGUAUAUUUCCGCUUAUUAAACGUAACGCUCCGCCCCGUCCGAUGUGGCCAUACGUAACUGACUUCGAACUUGGUCUAGUUCACAGCCCAGUGCAACGUGAGGUAUGUAUGCGCGGUGGGCGACAACAGUUAAAUACUGUGAUUUAAACGUUAAAAAAACAUCAGACAUUA